UCUCCAAACGUCAGCUGAUUAGUGAACAUUUCUAGAACAGUAAACUCAUAUCGGUCUGUGGCACCGUCAUUGAAUUGAAACGCAAAAAGGUAGACCGACAACACCGAUAUCUUCACACGGAAAGGUAAUGACGGACCAUACCAAAAUUUCCGAUAGGCAGUUGGAGGUUUUGUACGAACCUAUCAAUUUUGAAGAAAGUAGGAAAACUUGUGAUACUAAGAAGAGGAGAGACACUGGAUUUCUAUACUUCACUUUACUCUCAGCGAACUUGGCGAUGUUUUCCAAUGGCAGCUAUCUGGUUUGGACUUCUCCUGUCAUCCCUCAGCUCAAAUCGAAUGAUUCGGACAUCAAUCCUUUAGGAGAAGCCAUAACAACUGGACAGAUCUCUAUGCUAGUUGGACUGCCUUUUUUCUCUGGAAUGUUGGCCCCAUUGCUCCUUGGUAAACUCCCUGACAUAAUUGGAAGGAAGAAUACUUUGUUAUGCAUAUCCGCAGGUGCUCUGAUCGCUCACAUAGCAGUUGCUUUUGGAAGACAUAUUUACGUCUACUAUGUAGGAAAAGCAAUUAUAGGGUUAACCUUCGGAUUACUUUUCGUAGUUCAACCAAUGUAUACGAAUGAAAUAUGUGAAAAACAUAACAGGGCGAAACACGGGUGUUUGACAAUGUUCUUUGUCCCGUUGGGCAGUGUAUAUAGUUUUCUUCUAGGUCCGCUGACUUCUGUGCGAUCCUUCACUCUCCUAUGUGCUCUUCCUCUCGUUAUUCACCUGAUAUUAGUUUAUUCACUGGUCCCUGAAUCACCCUACUAUACAGCUUCCAGGAAUAGGAGGGAGGCAACCAUACAGAUAUUGGAAAAGUUACGGAGUGAUAAAAGCCCCGCAGAGAUCGAAAAAGACUAUACAGAAAUCGAAGCGACACUGGGAACUCGAAGAACUCGAAAAGUUCUUUCAGGAGAACUUUUCUCGUCACCCCUGUUGAGAAAAGGGUUUAUCGUCGGUUUGGGGACGUGCACGUCAACUUAUGUAACAGGAGUGCAAGUACUAAUGGCAUUCAUGGCACCUUUAUUCAAUGAUGCCAAUACAAACUUAUCAGGAAACACAAUCGCCCUUUUAGUAGGAAUAACAAAGUUAUCUUUUUAUUUAAUAGCGGCCUUCAUCGUUGGAAAACUCGGUAGAAGGCCUCUGUUACUGUUUUCGUCCUUUGGUACGGGAAUUUGCCUGGCAAUCAUUGCUUUGUAUUUCUAUCUGAAACAGAUCAACCCAUCCCUUGUAGAAAGUUUCAGAUGGUUACCAAUACUGAGUAUCGUGUUUUAUAUAUCUUGUUAUUCCUUGGGUGUUGGUCCACUUCCUAUAAGUAUUCUCAGUGAGUUAUUUCCAAGUGAUCUGAGAUCGACUGCCACUUCUUUGGCAUCGACCAUAUUAUCUAUAUUUUUAUUUAUAAUAGUCACUUUGUAUCCUAUUUUAUCAGAAUCAUUAGGAGUACACUGCUGUCUUGGAAUAUUCAGUGUAGGCUGUUUUUUGAGUUUCACCUUCAUGUUUUUGUUGUUACCUGAAACGAAAGGUAAAAGUUUUUCAGAAAUUCAAGAAAUAUUGAGUCGAUGAGAUCCUAUUUCAACAUAUUCUCUAUAUUUCUGACAUAUAAAGUAUUCAAUCUUGAAUUGUGGACCAUAUAAUUGACAGUGCCUGCAAUAAACUUGAAAGAAUGUUGCCAUGAAUUCACGGUACCCACCAUAGUUCAUAGUAGUGAAAAUAUAAAAACCAUUUGCAAGAAGAAAGCAGCAUUUGAAAACUAUAGAAAGAUAAGUUUUGGAUUUCUACUUCUCCAUCUUCGUCAAAAUAAACAGUUCAAUUGGAAAAAAGUCAUAGUUAUGUAGAUAUUUUACUAAAAACUA